AUGAGCGGGCAGAGGCGGGCAGGGCAGGAUCCUCAAUGGAUGAAGGCGAAGUUGUCUUGUGCGGGGACCAAGCGGGGACGGCAUGAGCGGCAUCCUGCACAUGUAUACGUAAUGGGUUCAGCAUCGCACUCAAGAGUCAUCGCAGAGAGCAACAUCCAUCACUUCUUUCACGCGGAGAGGCAAUCAGAUUUGUUUCGAAGAGUAUGGCGUACCAAUUUUCAAGGAAGGGGUGCUUCAAAUGCGGAAACCUGGGUCAUAUUGCGGAGAAUUGUACCUCUGACCAGAGGUUGUGUUACAAUUGCCGUCAACCAGGUCACGAAUCUUCCGCCUGUCCUUCUCCCAGGACAGUCGCGGCCAAGCAGUGCUACUCUUGCGGAGGGGUUGGCCAUAUCCAAGAACUGCGGCCGAUUCGGCCAUUUCGCUCGUAACUGCAAUGCCAAUGUUGGUGGCUUCGCUCCUCGAGCUCCUGCUGCGGGUCGCGGCUUGAAUACUUCGACUUUGCCCCCGGUCAAAUGUUAUCGAUGCGGUGGACCCAACCAUAUGGCGAGGGAUUGCCUUGCCCCUGCUGGAACCAGCGUUGGGGACAACGUUCCCACUGGUCCCAGCAACAUUAACAAGAACAAGACUUGUUACAAGUGCCAACAAGAGGGCCAUAUUGCGAGGGAUUGCCCUGAAGCGUCCGAGUAG